AAAACGCGGAAGUCCAAAGCGCUCUUGAUGCUAACAACAAGAACAACAGGACCCGUGUUGUGACUUAAACGGAUCCAUAUUGGUGUCCCGAAGGUUCUGUAACCACCAUGGCAGUACCGGCCCAGUUCAAGGCCAUCCAGCACCACCUGCGGACCGCACAGGAACACGAGAAACGGGACCCGGUGGUGGCGUAUUACUGUCGUCUCUAUGCCAUGCAGACCGGUAUGAAGGUGGACAGUAAAAGUCCAGAGUGCAGGAAGUUCCUGGUGAAACUCAUGGACCAGCUGGAGACGAUGAAGAAGGAACUGAGUGACAACGACUCCAUCAACCAGGAGGUGGUGGGAAACGCCCACAUCGAGAACUACGCCUUGAAGAUGUUCCUGUACGCCGACAACGAGGACCGAGCACAACGCUUCCACAAGAACAUGAUCAAGUCCUUCUAUACGUCCAGUCUUCUGUUUGACGUCCUAUCUGUCUUUGGAGAAUUGUCUGAGGAGAACAUCCAGCACAGGAAGUAUGCCCGCUGGAAGGCCACCUACAUCCACACCUGCCUGAAGAACGGGGACACGCCUCAGCCAGGACCCAUGGGUCUAGAUGAGGACCAGGACCAGGACGGAGAUGAGUUUGGAGCUGAAGGGUUCUCAGCCCCUGGUCCGUCCCCCCAUGGCGGGUCCUUCAGAGCCGAUCCUCCAUCCCAGGACUUUCAGAAUCAGGACCGGAGUCUGGGUCCGGGUCCGUCUCCGGGGAUUGGCUUCACUCCAGGGCCGUCCGGUCCGCCUUCCGCCAACUACAACAACAUCCAGAUCCCCCCGGGGGCCCACGCACCAGCCAACACCCCCGCAGAGCUGCCCCCGCCCACAGAGGUGGUGAAACCAGUGCCUACACCACGAACAGGGGCAGCAGUCGACCCCCCCAGUCUGAGCAACAGCCAACCGCAGAGUGCUGUCCAGUUGUCUCCAGAGGACUUCACUAAGGCUCAGAAAUACUGUAAAUACGCCGGCAGCGCUCUUCAGUACGAGGACGUGUCCACGGCCGUCCAGAACCUGCAGAAGGCCCUGAAGCUGCUGACCACCGGCAAAGAAUGAAGCUCCACCCCCUGCCCCGCCUCCUGCAGUUCCAUCUAUCGCUGAUCUGACCACGCCCACCCAUGACGACGCCCGCACAUACGGUCACUGAUCGUCAGCAGCAACUGCGAUGGAAAUCUGUGGACACCAUGGACGCCUGUGUCCAACACUGGACGAUGGAUGGACGGAAAGAUGGACAGAUGGACAAAUGGACAGACAGAUGGACAGAAGGACAGACAGAUAAACAGAAGGACAAAUGGACAGACAGAUGGACAGAAGGACAAAUGGACAGACAGAU